AUGUCCGUCACCGACAUCUUUGGUGUCUUUAAGCGCGUUCAUGCGGCUUUCAUUAGUCCACCUCUUCCACCCAGCGUGGAAAGCAACGAUGCUUCUCCUCCCCUCAAAGUCGGUCUUCUAGGCGCAGCCGCAAUAGCUCCCCAUGCUCUUGUUAUGCCUGCCAAAACCCAUCCGGAAGUAGAACUUUAUGCUGUCGCUGCCCGCGACAUCACCCGUGCCGAGACUUUCGCGAAGAAGCAUGGCUUCAAGAAGUGGUAUGGAGGGGGAGAUGGAUACCAACAACUUCUAGAUGACCCCGCAGUAGACAUCGUCUAUAACCCCCUGCCCAACGGUUUACAUUACGAAUGGACGAUGAAAGCUCUUGCUGCCGGCAAACACGUGCUUUUGGAGAAGCCCAGUGGUGAUACCGCCGAAGAAACUCGCCGUAUGUUUGCUCUCGCGGACCAGAAAGGGCUCGUGCUUCUCGAGGCAUUCCACUACAGGUUUCACCCUGCCAUUCAACGCGUCAAGGCCAUCAUUGACAGUGGCGAACUGGGUGCUCUCAAGGAGGUAAAUGCAACUCUUACGAUUCCGAAGGGUGCGAUUAGCAACCCCGCUAAUAUUCGGAUGAACUACGACCUUGGCGGCGGUGCGAUGAUGGAUUGCGGAUGUUAUCCUUUAAGCUGUGUUCGUUAUCUCGCAUCAGCCAACCCAAGUGCAGUGAUAUCCGCAACUGCAACGCGACAUCCCAAAGAUCCACGUAUUGAUUUAGGCACCACCGCCAAUCUCACUUUUGCUUCCUCGAAGCCUGGCGAGGAGCCAGUCAAGUCCACUAUCAGAUGCAGCCUUGCCCACCCUCCCCGAUGGGGUUUCAUUCCUCGCUUGCCAGAAAUUGACGUCAACGUAGUUUGUGAACGUGGCUCUAUCGAUAUGUUCAACUUCGUGAUGCCAGUGAUUUACCACUAUAUCACCGUGAAACCUGACGGUGCCGCCCCGAGGACAGAGAAAGCGUAUACGUUCGAGAGUGGUAAAGGAGAGGAUUGGUGGCUUACUUAUAGGUACCAGUUGGAAGCUUUUGUGGACAAGGUCAAGGGCCGAACACCACAAACUUGGGUGAACCCUGAGGACUCUAUUGCAAACAUGGAAUGGAUUGAGAAAAUUUAUGAAGAGAGCGGACUUGGGUCUCGACCCCAAUCCACAUAUGUACCCCCAAGUGCUUGAUGAUAGAUUGUUUAUUGUCGUGUAUGUUUCAAAGCCUUAUGCCGUGCAGUUUUUGGGAAAUAUCUUGUUAGCCUGCACCACGUGGAUCGUAGUCUGUUGCUACAUGUUCCCAGUACACAAGCUUGGCGUUUAAGAGGAUUUGAAGUCGUUUAUGAAUUCGCCUGUGCGAAGGGGCUCGCCAGAGGUCUUAACCGCUACCUAACCGCUACCCUCACCAUCCAUGCUUUGUUUAUGGCGAUCAACUUUUCAAUUAUAAGGUAUUAAAGUGGAGUUCAGUUGCGAUAACUUUGAAUGAAUCACCAAGGUUGAGGCACCCAUGAUCAUGAUUGGGCGUUCCCUUUAAGUAUAUGACCAAAAACAGGGGUUCUCCCUCUGCGUCGGGAUUCAUUAUGCGUCGAGCUGUUCAAUCAUGGGCCCUGUCAUGAGCACCCUUCUAUAAGGCUAAAUAGAAGCCCGCUGUUGAAGU